AUAUUUAUUUUUGAAUUUUAGCGUUUGUAUUUACCUCCACAAAUCCUCAUCGAAAUGUCGGACUCCGAGAGCACCGCCGCAGCAGCGCCUCAAGACCAAAUUUCCCAACAGCAUCGCCACCACGACGCACCAGCUCACAAAGGGAAGCCCAGCCUCCUUACCUCCUUCAGCAUAUGGCCGCCGACCCAGCGCACCCGCGACGCCGUCGUCAACCGCCUCAUCGAGACCCUCAAUAGGCCCUCCCCUCUCUCCAAGCGCUACGGCACCAUGGCCGCCAACGAGGCCUCCACCACCGCCCACCUCAUCGAGGACGACGCCUUCGCUGCCGCCGGUGGCUCCGCCGCGACCGAGGAAGACGGGAUUCAGAUCCUGCAGGUUUACUCCAAGGAGAUCAGCAAGCGCAUGCUCGACACCGUCAAGUCCAGGAUCGCCGCUGCUGAAAACUGUGCGGCGGAGUCCGUGACUGCGAGCUCUGUGGUGGACUCCACUACGGCUGCCGCCGGUGAGGAUGUUAAGGCGGAAGAGUACUGAUCUCUCCAUGUGUGUUAGGUCACUUUUAGCUUCGUAUUAGGGCUUUCAAAUCGAGAUCUAUUUCGUAUUAAUCAUGGAUUUCUUGUGAUGCCUAUAUACUUAAUGACCUCCUCCAAAUUUAAAUUAUUAGGUAAUUUCGCAAUCUUCAA